AUGCUAAGUAGUUCACAUCCUUUGCAUCAUAAACAUUUUGUGGAAGUUUCAUGCAGCCUCGCCCCGUUUUCCACACAAAUAAAAGGAAGAAGGUGCUCCACUGUGGUCAUAGGGAGCUGCACUCUGGAGUCUGCUCCCAGCACAUCGCCUGCACCACUCUGUCUCCCACCAGCAACAAUGCCCUUCUGCUCCUACAGCAUCAGCUCUGGCCAUUCCAUCAGGAAUUUAAUCUCUUCGUCUGUAGCUCUUCCCAGGAAUCGACGUUUCAGCACUGCUUUGUGUCACUGGAGUGGUGGCAUGGGCUACCGUGGUUUGGGUUACUUCAGGAGCAGAAGUCUUGACAGUAUGGCAUGCUCCAGGCCCAGAAUAGCUGUUGGAAGAUGUUCUCUUCCAAGAUGUGGAUAUGGCUUUGGUGUAGCUGGCACUGGGUUUGGCUACAGAGGCGCUGGCUUUGGCUACAAGGUUGGUGGAGUCUCCAGAUCAUGCACCAUCACACCCAUCACCAUCAACGAGCAACUGCUCCAACCACUCAGACUGGAAAUUGAUCCCAACAUACAAACGGUGAAGAACCAAGAGAAGGAGCAGAUCAAGACUCUCAACAACAAAUUUGUUUCUUUCAUUGACAAGGUUCGAUUUCUGGAACAGCAGAACAAGGUGCUGGAGACCAAGUGGAGCUUUCUGCAGGGUCAAAAACACCACAAGAACACCAUCACGCCCAUGUUAGAGACUUCUAUUGGUAACUUGAAGAAGCAGCUGGAAGCACUGAGGCACAACAGAGUCCAGUUAGAAACAGAGCUGAAAGCAGCACAGAAGGUUUUGGAAACCAACAAGAACAUGUACGAGGACAAAUGCAGCCAGCGGACGAGCACUGAGAGUGAGUUUAUUGCCCUGAAGAAGGACGCGGAGUGUUUUUUCUCAAACAAAGCAGAGCUGGAUGCCAAGGUGAAAAGCCUGAAAGAAGAGAUUGAAUUCCUGAGAACAUUCUACGAAGAGGAAAUCCACCAGCUGCAGGCCCACAUCUCAGAUACCACAGCGGUUGUGCAGGUGCACAAGAGCAGAGAUCUCAACUUAGAUGGCAUCACUGUGGAUGUCAAGGCUCGGUACGAGGACAUUGCCCGCAAGAGCCGGGCAGAAGCACAGGCCUUGUAUGAAAGCAAGCUUGAGGAGCUACAAGCCAUUGCAGGCAGAAACACCAACAGCCUGCGAGAGACAAAAACCAAGAUCGCUGAGCUGACACAGUUAGCCCAGAGACUGAACAGAGAAGUCAGGAGCACCAAGGACCAGCGCUGCAAGCUGGAAGCUGCUGCAGCCAACGCCGAGCAGACUGGGGAAACAGCCAUCAAGGAUGCAAAACACAAACUCUCAGAGCUGGAGACAGCCCUACAGCAGACCAAGGCAGACCUGACUCAGCAGCUCCAUGAGUACCAGGACCUCAUGCACAUCAAGCUGGCCCUGGACGUUGAGAUUUUCACCUAUAGGAAGCUGCUGGAAGGAGAGGAGAGCAGGUGA